AGAGAGGAAGGAAAUGAAGAAAAGACAGAAGAUAAUUUAACUACCUUGUUUCCUGGCCAAAAAAGAAGGAUCUCUCAUCUUGUCAAACAAGGAAAUGCAGAGGUCCCGAGCAAGCCCGUAAUCCGGCCGUACCGUCCCCCCACGGCUCAGGAGGUGUGUUACCAGAGGAUCCAGCUGGCUCAGCAGCAGGCGGCACAGCUGGCUGUGGCCGUUCAAAAGGCCUCUCUUUCUUUACCAGGAGAAAAGAAGAGGAUUGCUCACGUGCCAAAUGUAGCCCUUUCCGCAGCAGCCAAACAAAACCUCAUGAGUAGUAAGACAACUGUUGCUGGCAGGAGUGUCACACCUUCCAAUGACUCGGAAGCACCCACCCUUUCUCUGAAGGCUUGCACCUUAGCUGGGAUGGCUUCCAAGACCACCAGCACCAUCGUGCCGAAAAGGGUAGCACAUGUUCCCUCCUUACAGAGCACCAGCUUACAGAGGCCUGUUAUUCCCACAGAAUUUGGUGCUAAGGUCCCAACGAACAUUCGUCAAAGAUAUCUCAAUCUCUUCAUUGAUGAGUGCCUGAAAUUCUGCUCCUCUUCCCAGGAAGCGUUUGACAAGGCUCUGUCAGAAGAGAAGGUGGCUUAUGAACGUAGCACCAGUCGCAACAUCUACCUGAAUGUGGCAGUGAACACCUUAAAGAAGCUCCGAAGCCUAGUGCCCAAUUCCCCGACCAGUACGAACAAGACAAGUAACAAGAAAGUGGUGUCCCACGAAGCUGUCCUGGGAGGGAAGCUUGCUGCGAAGACAAGCUUUACUCUAAACCGCUCAGGGAGCUUGAGAGCAGAAGAUUUAACAGGAGCUGCCUUAUACCGACGGCUGAAGGAAUAUCUCAUGACUGAGGAGCAGCUAAAGGAAAAUGGUUACCCAAUGCCUCACCCAGAGAAGCCUGGCCGCGCUGUCCUCUUCACUGCAGAGGAGAAGAAAACGAUUGACUCCUCCUGCAGAAUUUGUUGUCGCUGUGGCACUGAGUACAUGGUCUCAGCCUCUGGAAGCUGCAUUCGCAAAGAGGAAUGUGUCCAUCACUGGGGAAGGCUGCGCAAGCAGAGAGUGCCAGGUGGAUGGGAAACUCAUUACAGCUGCUGUUCAGGAGCUGUGGGUUCACCAGGCUGCCAGGUUGCUAAACAACACGUCCACGAUGGGCGAAAGGAGAGCCUUGAUGGCUUUGUGAAGACUUUUGAGAAGCUGCCUACAACUGAUGGCUACCCUGGAAUCUACGCCUUAGACUGUGAAAUGUGCUACACCAAGCAAGGACUGGAGCUGACAAGAGUAACUGUGAUCAACUCUGACCUGAAAGUGGUAUACGACACCUUCGUCAAACCAAACACCAAGGUGGUGGACUAUAACACCAGAUUCUCAGGUGUGACAGAAGAAGACCUGGAGAACACGAGUAUCACCCUGCGGGAUGUCCAAGCCGUCCUCCUGAACAUGUUCAGUGCAGAUACCGUACUGAUAGGGCACAGCUUGGAAAGCGACUUACUUGCACUAAAG